GACCACGUGCAAGUUGUUGCAUAUAUAUUUCCCUUGCAAUUCCACAAAUCACAAACGGCAAGAACCAACAAAAUGGCAGAAACCCAAUUAUCAAAGCUCCAUAUUGCCAUGUUCCCGUGGUUUGCCGCCGGCCACAUGACUCCAUUUCUUCAUAUCUCCAACGAGCUCGCCGCUAGAGGCCAUAAAAUCACCUUCCUUAUGCCCUCCAAAGCGCUCCCUCUUUUACAAAAUCUAAAUCUUCACCCAAAUCUCAUCUCCUUCCAUUUUUUGACGGUUCCCCAUGUCUCCGGCCUCCCUCCGGCGACGGAAACCGCCUCUGAUAUACCCAUUUCUCUUACCCCCUUGCUGGCCUCUGCUUUCGACAUGACUCGGCCGCAGGUGGCGGAGAUCCUCUGUUCUGCCUGCCCUGAUGUUGUUUUCUAUGAUUUUGCGUAUUGGGUCCCUGAAAUCGCUGCGCCGCUGCGGAUCAAAUCGGUUAGUUUUACUGUUGUCAGUGCUGCGUCGAUUGCUGUUAUUGCUUAUCCGGGAAGAAGGGUGACCGUUGAUGACCCGAUUACGGAGGAGGAGCUUAGGAAGCCGCCGCCUGGUUAUCCGUCGUCCACCGUCGUCCUCCGUGGCUGCCGUGAAGUGCGGUCGCUCCUCUUCUUGUCCAUGCCGUUCGGCGAAGGAGGUAUAACGUUUCACGAGAGACUAAUGACAUCAUAUAGAAAUAGUAACGCAAUAGCAAUACGAACAUGCGAAGAAAUCGAAGGCAAUUUCUGCAGCUACUUAGCAAAGCAAUUCCAAAAGAAGCUAUUACUAACCGGGCCACUCAUGGCAGCACCAAACAAGACGACGACGACACCAACAACAUCGUGUUUAGACGAAAAAUGGGAGAAAUGGCUCGACCAAUUCGAACCAAAAACAGUAAUUUUCUGUGCAUUUGGAAGUCAAUUAACCUUAGAAAAGGACCAACUCCAAGAACUUGUGUUGGGAAUAGAACAAACUAGGCUGCCAUUUUUGGUAGCUCUAAAGCCACCAACAGGAUCAAACUCCAUUGAAGAAGCACUACCAGAAGGAUUCGAAGAAAGGGUGAGAGAAAGAGGAGCCGUUUAUGGCGGUUGGGUUCAGCAGCCAUUGAUUCUAAACCACCCAUCGGUUGGUUGCUUUGUGAGCCAUUGUGGGUUCGGUUCGAUGUGGGAGUCAUUGAUGAGUGAGCCUCAAAUUGUGCUGAUUCCGAGCCUUGGCGACCAAAUAUUGAACGCAAGGCUGCUGGCUCAAGAGCUCCAAGUGGGCGUGGAAGUGAAGAGGGAAGAGGAUGGGAAGUUCACAAGCCAAAGUGUGAGGGAAGCCAUUGAGUCAGUGAUGCUUGUGGAAGCAGCCGGCGUUGGUGAAAUGGUCAAGAAAAACCAUCAAAAAUGGAACCACGUUUUGACUAACCCUGGCUUCAUGGAUGCUUAUAUUCACCAUUUUGUUAAUGAUUUGCAAAAUGGUUGGACCUAGAUAACACCCGCACCCAUUGGGCUCGGAUCGGAGUGUCGAGAUGUCUGGAUUUGUAUAGUUUCGAGUUCAUGGCGACCUAAGUUUUAGAGUUUUUUUA